CAUUCUCCAAUUUCCCUCCUUUCAAAUUUUCUUUUGCUUUCUGUCACUUUGCCGAGAAAAGGAAAACAAAGAAAAGUUCAAACAAGAGAAAAUGCGAGAAAUUCUUCAUAUCCAGGGUGGCCAGUGCGGCAACCAAAUCGGGGCCAAGUUUUGGGAAGUGAUCUGUGCCGAGCACGGGAUCGAUAACACGGGACGCUAUACCGGGGACACGGAGCUCCAACUCGAGCGUCUCAACGUCUACUACAAUGAAGCAAGCUGCGGCCGAUUUGUCCCUAGGGCUGUUCUUAUGGAUCUCGAGCCAGGUACCAUGGACAGUCUUAGAUCCGGUCCAUACGGUCAGAUUUUCCGACCCGAUAACUUCGUCUUUGGACAGUCAGGCGCCGGAAACAACUGGGCCAAGGGUCACUACACCGAAGGAGCUGAGCUUAUCGAUUCAGUUCUUGACGUUGUGAGAAAAGAGGCUGAGAACUGUGAUUGUUUGCAAGGGUUUCAGGUGUGUCAUUCGCUUGGGGGUGGAACUGGGUCUGGAAUGGGGACUCUAUUGAUAUCAAAGAUAAGGGAAGAGUACCCAGAUCGAAUGAUGCUCACCUUCUCUGUAUUCCCGUCUCCGAAGGUAUCUGAUACUGUGGUCGAGCCCUAUAAUGCUACUCUCUCUGUUCACCAGCUUGUGGAGAACGCUGAUGAGUGUAUGGUUCUUGAUAACGAGGCUCUCUAUGAUAUUUGCUUCCGUACUCUCAAGCUAACUACCCCUAGCUUUGGGGAUUUGAACCACCUGAUAUCUGCAACUAUGAGCGGUGUCACAUGCUGCCUCCGCUUCCCUGGUCAGCUCAAUUCUGAUCUCCGCAAGCUUGCCGUUAACCUCAUCCCAUUCCCGCGGCUUCACUUUUUCAUGGUUGGAUUCGCACCCCUCACUUCCCGAGGUUCCCAGCAAUACAGGUCACUCACAGUUCCGGAGCUGACCCAGCAAAUGUGGGAUUCGAAGAAUAUGAUGUGCGCUGCUGACCCUCGCCACGGUCGCUACCUCACUGCCUCAGCCAUGUUCCGUGGCAAGAUGAGCACAAAAGAGGUCGAUGAGCAGAUGAUGAAUGUCCAAAACAAGAACUCUUCUUACUUCGUGGAAUGGAUUCCGAACAAUGUGAAGUCCACUGUUUGUGACAUCCCCCCUACUGGGUUGAAGAUGGCUUCGACUUUCAUCGGCAACUCCACAUCAAUCCAAGAGAUGUUCCGCCGAGUCAGCGAGCAGUUCACGGCCAUGUUCAGAAGGAAAGCUUUCUUGCAUUGGUACACUGGAGAAGGAAUGGACGAGAUGGAGUUCACAGAGGCUGAAAGCAACAUGAAUGACUUGGUUUCGGAGUACCAACAAUACCAGGAUGCAACUGCCGAUGAGGAAGAAGAUUACGAAGAGGAAGAUGGGGGUUACGAGGAAGAUGUUUAAACAAACUCGUGGUUUUCUUAUAGUAUAUUUGAUGUGUUUUACUCAAGCAAUUGGGGGGUUAUGUUUGAUACUUUUGGGGGAGCACAAUUCUCAUACUUUAUGAGAUAUAAUAUGGGUGCAAACUACCUUAGCCCUUGGGUAGUAUCCAAUUUUCCUUGUGGUUUUAUAAUUUUGUUGUUUUCACCAUUUGCAAAUAUUGUUGCAAUUUUGCUUCUUCCAAGUGGUGUUCCCUAUCAUUAAUGCUACAAUUGUGUUGGCUGGUAUAUGCAAAAGUUUUUUUUAGGCUUA